UCGGGACUUCGGAUCAUGACGGCGGCGCUGGGCGGCCGGGGUGCGCUGCGGCGCGGGCUCCUCCUCGCGGCCCUGAAGCCCAGGAUCCAUGUCGUCCGUGCAGGGCCCGCGGCCGCACUCGGCACCUCGGUGACAUCUGCCAAAGUGGCUGUGAAUGGGGUCCACCUACAUUAUCAGCAGACUGGAGAGGGAGAGCAUGCCGUCCUGCUGCUUCCUGGAAUGUUGGGAAGUGGAGAGACUGAUUUUGGACCCCAGAUUAAGAACCUAAAUAAGAAGCUCUUCACAGUGGUCGCCUGGGAUCCUCGAGGAUAUGGACAUUCCAGACCCCCAGAUCGAGAUUUCCCGGUGGACUUUUUUGAAAGAGAUGCAAAAGAUGCUGUUGAUUUGAUGAAGGCGCUGAAGUUUAAGAAGGUCUCUUUGUUGGGGUGGAGUGAUGGUGGUAUAACAGCCCUCACUGCAGCUGCAAAAUACCCAUCUUACAUCCACAAGAUGGUGAUUUGGGGAGCCAACGCCUAUGUGACUGAUGAAGAUGAAGUGAUUUAUCAGGGCAUCCGAGAUGUUUCUAAAUGGAGCGCGAGGACAAGAAAGCCUCUAGAAGCCCUGUAUGGGUGUGACUACUUUGCCAAAACCUGUGAAAAGUGGGUGGAUGGCAUAAAUCAGUUUAAACAUCUCCCAGACGGUAAUAUCUGUCGGCACCUGCUGCCCCUGGUUCAGUGCCCCACCCUAAUUGUGCACGGGGAAAAGGAUCCCCUGGUCCCACGAUUCCACGCUGACUUUAUACACAAACACGUGAGAGGGUCGAGGUUGCAUCUGAUGCCAGAAGGCAAGCACAACCUGCAUUUACGUUUUGCCAAUGAAUUCAACAAGUUAGCAGAAGACUUCCUACACUGAAGACGUCCUUGAGAGCAGGGACCUGCUGAUUCCUUGCCCUGCCACUGCCUUUGAAACCAACGCACCCGUGUCACACCUCAGCUCACCUGCCUACCCCGGCUUUCUGCACCUCCCCACAAACCUGCUCCUGAUCCAGCAUGAAUAAUGACAGUGAAAACAUCCUCUAGCUUUAAUAGCUACAAAAAUUUAAUGUUUUUAACAUUAAGUUGUGAAUUUCUACCAUUGUCAUAAAAAAUAAAUUUGUAUUAGUUUUACUUUCAAAUAAA